AGAGAACCAAGUCUCGUUGCCCCACGCCCCCACCGUACCCUGCGCACCGUGAGUUCGCAGACAUAGUCGAAGCCAAAAGCGAAAGAGACUUCUCUGCGCCUCUAUUCUUGUGUUCGUCUCUCAUUGCGCGAUCCCUUGUACUCGCGGGGGUGUUCCUCUCCACUCCUCGCCCUCUCUGCGCUCCGCGUCUUGGAAAGAUACAACGAGAAGAAAAGAGCGAUUAGUUGACGAAUUAGGCUCCGGAUUGUUGUUUUUGAGAGGCGGUGGGCAAGAGGGAGGGGGAGAGAAUGUCGAAGAAGAAGGUUAGUGGCAAUACCAUGACCCUCAAGGACUUUCAUGGAGGUUCGAUUCCCACUGAUCUCUCUCUCCCUUCUGCGCCUGGCGUAACCGGCAGAACUUCAGAUCGUUCUGUGUAUGACCGACCUUCAUCAUGGGGAAAUCCAAUGGGUCGGUCUGAUCAUCGGUCUCGCCCACAAACGUCCCCAGCUACUAUGCAUUACGAUGAUAAAACCCCGUUUCUUACCCACCCAGCUCAAAUUGGACGGAAUUUUGAUGAAGAUGAGCGUAAGCCACUGGAUGGCAUCUCAGCCCCCCGGAAAACAGUCAGUGAUGAUAGUGUUCGGGUCCCACCUUCUCGUGUUGAAAUGAAGCCUGAUUAUGGAGUGGGAAGAAGUUCCAUGAGUCGGCAUGUGGCUCCAGUGUCUCAAAAUUCUGUUGGCACUGUGAAUUCCUACUCUGCUAGGCUUACUGAGGCAAUUCAUGUGGGAGGGAGUUCUCAACAUUUAGGUGGAGUUAGUCAGGAGCAGGGAACUGCUGGGGUUUAUCCAAAUGUAUGGGCAAUGAGGAAGGAGAUGGCAAGUGCUGUUGAGCCACAGCGUUCUGCUUGGUCCAGUCCUAAUGCAGUUUCCAAGUUGGCUCAUGCAAGUGCUAUAGAGAAGGUGUCUUCUGGUAGAUGGCAGUCAAAGACUGUCCCUACCAGACAGAUGUUGAGGUGGUUAAAUCAUUUGAAGUAG